AUGGCGCCUUGCGACCGGGCGACUGUGCCUGUGAGCUUCCACCUCGCAGCCCUCACGUCCGCGACCGUCCUCGGUGCUGUCGUCUUUGCAACGAAGAAAGGGACCAAGCUGCACGUGCUGCUCGGGCGCGCAACAACAGCAGCGAUCGCGGCCACGUGCAUCUCGAGCUUCCGCGUCAAGGAGCUUCGAACCCAGAAGGGCUGCCUCGGCUCUGUCCAUGCGCUGAGUGCGCUCACGCUUGCGUUCUUGGCGCGCGGUAUGUACGCGAUUUCGACGCGCAAGGUCAAAGUGCACCAACAGUUCAUGGCGGGCUCCAUGGUCGGCCUCCUCGGCGUCGGUGCCCUCACGCUACUCAAGCUUAAAACGCGAACGCAUUCGGUGCCAUAG